CUGUGCGCGGCUGGGUGCCGGGCGGCCAUGGGGAAGCGGCGCGGCGGGCGCGACCUGGCGCGUGGCCUGAGCAAGAGGCAGAAGAAGCACCUGCGGGACUUCGGGGAGCAGCACCCCUUCCAUGACCCGGUUUCUGGAAGACCAGAAGCAACUCAAAUCUGUGAACUGUCUGAGAACUCUGAUAAGUCAAGUUCAGAAAGCGAUUCAGAGACUGAAGUGGAACAGGUCUCUGUGUACCAUAAGCUCCUGGCUACCCUGAAGACCUCUCCUGAGUCUGCGAGUGAAGAAGAGGAAGAUGAAAGUGAGUCUGAAGAAGCUGAGGACAGUGAGACAGAAAUGGACAGUGAAGGCUCACAGGAGACCGGAGAAGCAGAUGGAGGGGAAGAAGAUAAGAAUGAUGUACCAGAGCAGGAAGAAGCUGCAGACACAGCAGAGCAGACGCUUGGCCAGGAGCAGGCUGAUGGCGCAAAUACCUCUUGUGACCCCAGUCAUGGGGUAAUUGAGGAGUUUACUGAUGUGAAACAUGAAUCUGAAUUUAGCUUGGAAACCAAUUUCAUGGAAGAGGAGAGUGGAGAUUGCAGUGCAGAUAAGAGAGACAGCAGUUCUUCACAAGCUUUUUCAGAAGAUCCAUUUAAACAGCACAUGGACAAAGAACUUGAAGAAAAAGAAGUAGAAAAACUGUCUACGCUUCCUAAAACUUCAAGUCAAAGCAAGUGGCCAAGGCUGGGCCAACUAACAUUUUAUUCCACUUUGGAGAAACCUAAAACUUUGAAAGCAGAGAAAGAAGUCGACAUGAAACAGCUUUAUCUUCACAAGCCUUUAGAAUCUACUUGGCCAAAAGUGAAUAAAGAAUUUCUGUCCUCAGUGAACAAACCAAGUGAUGCUUCCUUUACACCGUUACAAAGAGAGCUCUUCUGUAUCAUGAAUACAUACCGGGACUUGUUCUACCCAGAAAGAAAUGCUUUAACAAAUGGAGAAGAAAUCCGGCAUGCUUACUGCUUGCAUGCCUUGAACCACGUUCUGAAGGCAAAUUCCCAGGUGCUCAGCAACAAUGCCAAACGGAGAGACCAAAAACCAGGGGCAGCCAAUGAUGACUACAGGGAUCAGGGGCUGACAAGACCUAAGGUACUGAUGAUAGUGCCCUUCAGGGAAUGUGCUUUGCGGAUCGUGCAUGUUUUAAUCAGUCUUCUUGAAGUCAAUGACAAAAGAAAAAUAGAUGUAAGUAAUAAAAAGCGCUUCAAAGGGGAAUUUGGCUCUGACCCAGAAGAGAAGCCCCCCAACCUCAAAAGACCUGAAGAUUAUGAAGCUGUCUUUGCUGGCAACAUUGAUGACCACUUCAGAAUUGGCGUUGCGAUUCUUCAGAAGAGUAUGAGACUGUAUGCCCCGUUUUACUCCUCGGACAUCAUCAUUGCCUCUCCCCUGGGUAUGAGGACUAUCAUUGGUGCAGAGGGGGAGAAGAAAAGAGAUUUUGAUUUCCUGUCAUCGAUAGAAAUUCUCAUAAUUGAUCAAGCAGAUAUUUACCUGAUGCAGAAUUGGGAACAUGUCCUGCACCUGAUGAAGCACAUGAACCUGCUGCCUCUGGAUUCCCAUGGGGUAGACUUUUCCCGAGUGCGAAUGCCGAAUCUCAGUAACUGGUCCAAGUACUAUCGCCAGACACUGCUCUUCAGCUCUCUUCAGAACCCCCAGAUCAACUCUGUCUUCAACAAGCACUGCUUCAAUUACGUGGGGCAGGUGGCCGUCCACAACCUACCGCUCAUGGGCUCCAUUAGCCAUGUUGUGGUCCAGCUUCCUCAUGUUUUUCGGAGGCUAGAAGCUGAAAAUGUAACUUCUGUAAUAGAUACAAGGUUUCAGUUUUUUGUGAACAAAGUUCUGCCCGAGUACCGGGACGCCGUCAUGUCACAUACGCUCGUCUACGUCCCGUCCUACUUCGACUAUGUGCGGCUUCGAAAUUACUUCAAGAAAGAGGAUCUGAAUUUCACUCACAUCUGUGAAUACACAAAGAAGGCUGGUGUCUGCAGAGCACGGCGCUUCUUUCUCAAGGGAGAGAAGCAGUUUUUGUUGUUCACUGAGCGCUUCCACUUCUAUAAAAGGUAUACAAUAAAAGGCAUUAGGAACCUCAUUUUCUAUGAGUUACCAACAUACUCUCACUUCUACAGUGAGAUUUGUAAUAUGAUGAAGGCCACAGACAGUGGAGUGGAUGCUACUUGGACCUGUACUGUGCUCUACUCCAAGUAUGAUGCUCAGAAAUUGGCUGCGGUGGUCGGCAUAGAUCGCACAGCUCAGAUGCUACAGUCCAAGAAAAGUGUGCACCUCUUUGUUACAGGAGAAAAUGAAUAAGUGGUGCUGCAGACUAGGUGACUGAGAGGACCUGCAUUUUUCUCCUGAUGCAUUUCCUGACGUUGCUUUUUAAAAAAGUGUUAACUUUUUACUCCCUUUUCCUAAAUAUUCUGUUGGAAAUGUUCAUACAAUAUUGAAUUUUGUAUUUCAGUACUCUGUCCAAUGGGAAACAAGGGGUGUUAUUCAAGAAACCAGUGAUGUCAGGACAGGGUAACAUAACCUGCAAAAGGGCAGGUUGGGGGUUUCUUUUGUAUAGAAAGGAAAUCCAGAACUAUUCUUCUUGUAUGUUGAAAAACUUACUGGUCAGUAAAGAGUGAAUGCUUUGAUAAAUCCCUUUUAAUUGGAUCGCUUGACUUCAUUUUCAGUUGUAGCUGAAAACUCAAUUUCUUUUAUCAAAGGCAACAUUUUCCUUUAUUCUUGGGGAAGAAAUGUGCCUGGAUAUGUAAUGCAGUCACUGUUCUGUAACUCUGCGUAAGGGAGGUGCGGGGAAAAGCUCUUGGACACAACUGCAUGUUGUCAAAUGAGGGUUGAGCUUGCUUCAACCUGACAGUGGUGAGAAUCACAGAAUCUUAAGGAUUGGAGGUGACCUCAAAAGAUCAUCUAGUCCAACCCCCUACCAGAGCAGGACCACCUAGAGUAGGUCACACAGGAACUUGUCCAAGUGAGAAUUUGUGAAUGUGCUGGGGUAGAAGCUAUGGGUUUGUGUUUUUCCUGGAGUCCCCUAAAUAUCUCUGCCUUCUGUUUACAACAAGCCCCUCUGGACAGCCAGUUUUACCAGGGAUAGGUUUGUUUGGAUUUUUUUCCUUUUUCCAAAGGAAAACAGAGCUGAACUUGUCAGGCAGACAGGCCUAGGCCUGCCUACCUGCCCCCAUUACCAAAGCAAUGUGGUGGAGCACAAAAGCAGGUGCUGCAGUUGCAAAUCCCUCAAGUUUUGUAUCUCACACCGUGGAUGCGGAUGGGUUGGUUUGUUUUUUCCUCUCUGAGUGGUUGCUUAUGGACAGCAUGGAAGUAUCACAGUAAUGUCUCUUCUUCUGUCUUUUCUUCUCCCAGAAAGCUAAGCCUAAUUUAAAAGGAGCUAAAAGCAGAGAGAUGAGGUGUUUGUUUUGAAGUAUGUGCUAGGACUGUAGGAAGAUGGGUCUGUGGAGGGGUGGGUGAGGCCUGCGUGAUCCCAAAUGCAAGAAAGAAACAUCCAUCCUGUGAUAAGUUUUGAGGAAGUUCUUGUCUGGGAAGCUUAAGUAAAUAUAUCAAAGUGAAAUAAACUCAAGUAAACGAGACACAUAAUGUUAGUAAUUUUUUUAAUCCUAGUCUUCCUUCCUGUAUUUCUCAGAGGCUGUGAACUCUUGUAGUAACUGAAGUCCUGCAGUCAUUUAAUAGACAUGCAAGUCCAUGCAGUGUCUUGCUUUGCAUUCAAAGUAACGAUUUCUGUUAAUUUUCUGUACCUCUGCCGUCGCACACGAGAAUUAAGAGCCAGCCACAGCAAAGUUGUGAGCAUCUGUCUGCCGUGCAGCAGAGGCAGCAGCGGCUGCAAACAAGGGUUUUUGAUGUAUGGCCUAAGCUCGAUGUGGGAGAACUGUGUCUGUGCAUAUGAAAACAAGCACACAAAAUAGGAUUAAGGCAUUUUCUUUCUACACCGGAUGUGCUUAGCAGCGGUGAGGAGGUGACCUCUGAGGAAGCUAAAGUGGGAUAGCUGCUUAGGGAGAGAAUAUGGUGCAGUGCAGCUACUGUUUAAAGCAGCAGCCAGAGUUUUAUGCCAGAGCCUUGGCUACGCAAGGAAUUUUCUUUCCUCCAUGAAGUUAAUAGCAAAGUGCCUUGGUGGGAGUAGGGCCAAAUUGUAACCUGAGACCCUCACAAUUUUGAAAUCAACUGCCUGCUUUUUGUUCCUAAGACAAGCAUACUUUGAAAUUUGAAACGAAUAUGCUAGUCUUACAUU